AUGGCCUUCACAAAAAUCAAUUCUUCAGUUCGCGUCACCCAUAUUGGUACAGCUACUGCCAUCAUUGAGCUAGACAACCUUACCAUCCUCACCGACCCGUACUUCUCUCCAGAGGGCACUGAGUGGAUUGGCAAGUCGGGCGCUACCCUGGUCAAUUCAUACCAGCCACCACUUGGCCUUGAAGAUCUGCCACCGAUUGAUCUCAUACUUUUGAGCCAUGAAGACCACAAGGAUAAUCUGGACGAUCUGGGGCGCCAACUCCUCAAUGGCCGGCACGUCUUUACUACCACCGACGGUGCGCGAAACCUCGCUCCAAGAAAAGCGGUCCGCGGGAUGAAGCCGUGGGAAACGGUGAGCCUCCAAAUUGGCGGCGGGCCGCGCUAUGAAAUCACAGCAACGCCUUGCCAGCAUCUCCCAGGUGGCGAAUGCCUUGGAUUCAUCAUCACCGCAGAGCAUUUUGGUACAUCGGACGGGAAGCCUAAUGCCGUAUACUUCUCUGGAGAUACUGUCUACAUAGAGGAGCUUGCUAAGAUCAAAGAUCGCUUUCACGUUUCUGUUGCCCUGUUUAGUCUCGGCAAGGCCAUAGUUCCAAAACCCGGCGGGGGCAUGCUACAGAUUACGAUGGACAGCAAACAAGCUGUGCAACUUAUGCGUGAUAUUGAACCAGAUAUUGUGAUACCGUUACAUUUUGAGGGAUGGAGUUUGUUUAAGGAAGGGAAAAGCGAAAUCGAAGAGGUGGUAAUUGAAGAGGGCGUUGAGGCCAAGUUUAAGUUUCUCACACCGGGAAUCAAUACCAAAAUAAUGUAA